AUGCGGUCCCUCGUGUUGUUUGUUUUCUUCUCGGGUGUUGACUCCUGCAAAUAUGACCGUUUUUUUUUUUUGGUUGUUUUUCUGGGCGUUGCAAGGUAUCGUGGGAGGAAUCGCAAAGGGAGGAGGAGGAGGAGGAGGAGGUUGGAGAUGACGCGAAAUGAAGCGGAAGACAAUGCCGAUGACGACGAGGAUCUCUUUGCGGUGUUUAAUACGCCCGAGCCGGCAGUGGAUUUACUCGCGGCACCCGCAGCUCUCCGUCAAUCGGAUUCAUUUUUUGGCGGCGGCCGCAGUGUUUCCGUCACGGAAGCGUUGAGCAAGUCUGCCUCAUCUCCCUCACCGUCUAUCAUGCAUUUCGUCUGCGCAUCCACCCAAGAUGGCUGUGAAAUGGGCUCAGUCACACGGCAACCACCUGCAGAAAGGGUUCAUGCAGCUGCUGUGAGGGAGCCGAAUAGCGGCAUUAACAUUCGGCAUUCUACGAAGAGCUGCGAACAGCUUCCACUUGUGCUUGUGGAGCACCCUUAUUCUACUUUUAUAGAGAUGCGCCGUUCUCUUGCCACCGCGGGUACACCCCCAUUGCUUACGGUCAUUGGUGUCGUCAUUCGUAGGACAGAUCCAAAGCAAAAGAACGGUAAAGGCGCAUACGGCAUUAUUUCACUAUGGAACAUGCGGGGACCCUUCCCAACUCCACAAGAUGAGUUGUCCAUCCUAAUUGUUGGAUCGGCAUUUGAUGCUCACUACACAAAACUGGCAAUUGGUCUCGUACUGGCACUCUCAGGUGUACAGCGGAUGGAAGGCCGCAAAGUCACUCUUUCUGGCGACACACAGGCUGAGAAUACCACGUUGACUAACAGUAAUCGCCCCGGUGCGAACUCUUCCAAUGUCUGUAGUACCAAUUUGGAGUUAUUAAAGGUGGUGAAGGGUGACCAAAUACGAGUCCUUGGCUACGCAGUGGAUCUCCAUACUUGCGAAGGAACCCAACAGCGAUCAGGUGAACGCUGCAAUAGAAUAGUGAAUGGUGCGCUUUCAAAGUUUUGUUCCAACCAUGUUGCUAAUCUUCGGCGUGUGGCUCGUGGCAAGGCGUCAUCACCCUCCACCACAAAUCCACAGAAGCCACUGAGGUCUAAUGUUUCUUCCACAACUUUUAGGGCUGGUGUCACACGUGUAGAUCCUGCGCUAACGAAUCCAAAAGGUGUUAUCGCAUCCAAGAAGGCUUUGCAAUCAAUGGUGCGUCAACAACCAGGGUUUCUAACGGUGAAGGGCUCGUGUGGGCUACCAACGACAACACCCGCUGGCUCUGAUGUCGUCUCGGCUGCUGGAGCGUACGCGGGCGUCGUGCCGGGCGGUGCAUUGUCUGUGACUGGGAUGUGUCGUGAUGUGGGACGUGUCUUCCGUUCUCCACAGGCACUUGGCGUGACGGCACGUGGACGUGCUGUCCUUGCCGCGGCUGUGGAUCAGGAGGAUGCGAAGGAACGCCAAAGGCUGCUUCAACUUGCGCUGAAGCCGAGCGAGUUAGGCGCUAAACAUCCACGAAAUGAAGGCACCUCCACACCGAAGAGCCCAAGGACGACGGUGGCCGAAGAUGUAGAGGCGGUUCGUGAGCAGUAUGCGCCACUGACGGGCGGGUCUUCUUCUUCUUCCUUUGCGGCCAUGCGAUGCAAUGGGUUUGAGGAGGUGUGUCGCCACCGCCAGGAUUAUCAACAUCACGUCAUCACGAAGCGAGCCAAUGGCACAACGAGUUCGAUUGUUUCUGCUGUUGAGCAGCACCUCCGCGGCGAUGGCGUUCUCGCAAAGACAAGAGCUUCAAUUGUCCAAGAGGAGACAUCACAACAAAAAAACACGGCCUCCGUCUCCAAAUCAUUGCUCGGCACCGUGGCAGGAUCCAUUGAGAGUGUGAACGACGGCCUUCGUGCCACGGAUGAGCGGCGGAGGUUUGAGCAGCGCAUGGAGCGACGACUCAUGCAGGAAAAGGCACUUGAGGCACUCGUGGCGGUGACGGAGCAAAAAGUGAAUGGAAUUUAUUGCCGUCAAUGUGAACGUUGGUAUCUACGCCGCAAUGAACGGUGUAAGAUGCUGCAACACGUCUUGGAAACAAGAGCGACAAUACGACGAUUUAUUGAGUGUGAACACUGUGGAUACAAGACCAGUUUGCUUGGAGACGUGCGUCCAUCGAAGAUGAUUCCGCGAUGCCCACGAUGUUGCGCCGAUGCGAUGUGGAAGGCGAGCAACGCGGCACCUGAAAUGGCGGCCCCGAGAAAAUAUCCACCACCACUUUGA